GUCACACUGCUAACAGUUUUGUGAUUGUGUCAAAAAUACAGGGGUUUUUGUUGCAUUUGCAAUUUAAUCCGAUAAUAUAAAGUGUGGAGUUAUGCGAGAGACGGCGUUGCAAGCGACCAGCCACCAGAGCGGCCACACGUUUGGCAUUCGUUAUUAAUUAAAUCAGCUGCGGCAUCGGAAUCGGAAUAGGAGCAGUGACGAGAGAGAGAGAAAGAAAGAGCGCGCGAGAGCGGCGCCAAUAGUGUGCCGUCGUCUUCCCAUUUCCACUUCAAAUUUCAAUUCCAAUUCCAAUUCAAAAAAAUCCACCGUCGAGCAGCGGGCGGGCAGCCACGAAAGUUAACUUAACCGAUACAGGCCACAUCAAACCGGAGCACCAGCACCGCGGCAGCAGCAACAGCAACAGCAGCAGCAGCGGCGGCGUCACUUGAUAUUGGCCUCUCUUUGCUUGGAAGCCGAUCGCAGUAACCGGCAACAUUUCACUGGAUCUAAUGGCCAAGGACGAGGAGGAUGAUCUGCUGCCCGAUAAGGAUGCCGCCAAGGGCUUCUACGCCAAGUAUGAGCCCAAGGAGAUAUUGGGCAGGGGCAUCAGCUCGACCGUGCGCCGGUGCAUCGAGAAGGAGACGGGCAAGGAGUUCGCCGCCAAGAUCAUCGACCUGGGCGCCACCACGGAAGCGGGCGAGACGAAUCCAUAUCAUAUGCUCGAAGCAACCAGACAAGAAAUCUCAAUACUGCGCCAGGUCAUGGGCCAUCCCUACAUAAUUGAUCUGCAGGACGUGUUUGAGUCAGAUGCAUUUGUUUUCCUGGUAUUUGAGCUCUGUCCUAAAGGCGAGCUCUUUGACUAUCUGACCUCUGUGGUGACGCUGUCAGAGAAGAAGACACGCACUAUUAUGCGCCAGAUCUUCGAGGGCGUCGAGUAUAUCCACGCCAAGAAUAUCGUUCAUCGCGACCUUAAGCCCGAGAACAUCUUGCUCGACGAGAAUCACAAUGUAAAGAUCACGGACUUUGGCUUCGCCAGGCAGCUGCAGGAAGGCGAGAAACUUACAGAUCUGUGCGGAACGCCGGGCUACUUGGCGCCGGAGACACUCAAGUGUAACAUGUUCGAGGGAUCGCCUGGCUACUCCCAGGAAGUUGAUAUAUGGGCCUGCGGCGUUAUUAUGUUCACGCUGCUUGUCGGCUGUCCACCCUUCUGGCACCGCAAGCAGAUGGUCAUGCUGCGGAAUAUCAUGGAGGGCAAGUACAGCUUCACCUCGCCCGAGUGGGCAGAUAUUUCAGAGGAUCCCAAGGAUCUGAUACGCAAAUGUCUAGUCGUUGAUCCUGCGCAACGUAUCACCGUCAAGGAAGUAUUAAGACAUCCAUUCUUCAACCAAAUGCUGUUCGAGCAGAACAUUGAUGGCCUCAAGCGCAGCCUGUCGACCAAGUCCCGGCGUAUGAGUCGCAUCACUGAGAUCGCACUGCUGCGGAAACAGAGUCGCUUCAAUGCGCGCAAAAAGUUCCAAUUUGCCAUACUCGUGAUACGGGCCGUCAUCCGGAUACGGCGCCUGCGCUACACCGCCGAGCCGCUGCACGUUGAGGAGGCUAUCCGGGAUCCGUAUCGCGUCAAGGUUCUACGCAAGGUCAUCGAUGGCUGUGCCUUCCGUGUCUAUGGACAUUGGGUGAAGAAGGGCGAGGGCCAGAAUCGUGCCGCCCUCUUCGAGAAUACUCCGCGCACCGAGCUCCACGCGCUCUACAUCAAUAAUCUCAGCCGAUAGGAGGCGGGAGCCGGUGGCCUGGUCGCUGAGGAGCAGCCCAACCAGUACACCAGACAAGGACACCUAAAAUGAAGGAGGAAAUAAAACGAAUUAGCAAAAGUUACUAAAGAAGCACACACAAAACAGGAAAUUGCAAUUGCUGCUGUGUCCCACAAAGACGAAUAGAAAGAAGAAGGAGAGACACCAAAAAGGAUUCGGGACUCCAACUAGGAGGGAUUCGACUCGUUCUGGGUGUGUUAAACCCAGGCCAGGAUCAAAAACAUACUAUACAUUUAUAGACAUAUGUUUAGAGGUUCUCCCCACGCCUCAGAUUUGUCCUUGUGAUUUCGUUUAGACCUUUUACUUCUUUCGAAAUAAUCUUCAGAUUUAUUAUUUUUUUGUUUUUUUUUAUGAUGCAAGCUUAUCGCUCAUCAAUUAUAUACAUAAAUACAUAUUAUACAUAUAGAGAGCUAUGUAUUACCCAAAUGAGGCCAGAACGAGCCGAAUCCGUAUCCGAAUCCGAGUCCGAAUUAGCCAAGGCACUAAACAGAUCCCACUUGGCCCACUAUCCAAGCCCAACUACACCCACACGAGCAAGCCUACAUGCAUAUGUAUUUUCUGUUAAUGAUUCUAUUAAAUUAUUUAAUUGUAUAGCUAAGCGUUUA